UCGAUGCGUUAAGACGUGUUCGGAAAAGAAAAAGCUGAACCAAUAUUACAAUUUGAAGUGAGCUGUCAACUCUAUGGUUUCCAAAGACCACAAAACACAACUCACAGAAAACGUUCGCUGUCAACAACAAACAUCAAGUGCAUCAUAAUUAAGUGCUAAAUUACCUCAAUAAAUGCAAAAGUGAAACCCACACACACACACAAACCCAAGUGCCACUGACAAAUUGUGGACCUUCAAAAAAAAAAAAAAUUAUCAAAUAUAAAAUAAACCAAAAAUGUGCUAAGGCUAAUAAAACAACAGCAACAACAACAAGCACAAUUUGCGUUGAUCCACAAAAUAUUUACUCAACAGCCAUUCAAAUAAAGUACCAAGUGUGAAAAUUUUUAAAACGCUCGUAAAUCUUUGGGAUUAUAUUGAAUUAAAAUACAGCAUUGUCGUUGCCGUCGCACAUUUGUGGAUUACUCUUUGGCAACGGCACUAAACUAAUAAUAAAAACACUAAAAACAAAUAAAUAAAAGCGGAGCUCCUUAGUCCUACACAGUAAAGAUACAAACGUAUCUUCUGGAUUAAGUUGUCGCGUUCCCUUGGAUUAACCUACGUUAGUUGCAACAGCUGUUAAAAUGGUUGUAUUGGAAGGCGGCGGUGGUGUUGUUACCAUCGGCAAUAACCAGUACUUGCAACCCGACUAUCUGGCGCCAUUGCCAACAACGAUGGAUGCCAAGAAGAGUCCAUUGGCACUUCUCGCCCAAACAUGCUCACAGAUCGGCGCCGACUCGUCGGCUGUCAAACCUUUGCUCGCGAUGGAUAAGAACAAAAAGUCCGGCACCUCCUCAUCAUCGUCCACGUCGUCGUCAUCGUCGAGCAGCGCCGAAAUCUCGGCGGCCAAAUCGCCAACGCAAGCCAAAUCGCCAAAAUCGACGACCCCGAUCAGUGCGAGCACCACAACGACCACCACUGAAGUGAAACUGGCCUUCAAGCCCUAUGAGACGAAUGUGCUGAGCCAACAGAAUCACAACAGCUUCAAGUCCAGUGCUUCGUCCAUCGAUGAGCAGCGUCCCAGCUCGAAGAGCUCCUCCACACACGGUGGCGAUACUCGCGUGCCGUCGCGCAACAAAUCGAAUGCCACGCCCACAGACGCCCACCAGCAGCAGCAACAGCAGCAGCAGCAGCAGAUGAACCCCAAAAGGGACACAACGCCCACACCGCACGAUAUAAGUCGCAAGACAGUCUCCCCCGCCGGCUCCUCGCAGCGAGGCGCCAGUCCCAUUGUCCGCUCGGGCAUGGAGGUCCUGAAUAAUGCCAAUGGCACCGCUCAGCAUCCGAAGGAGAUGAGCAGCAUGGCGGCCGCCGCCGCUGCUGCUGCAGCUGCCUACAAGGCUGCCGGCCCCUACGCCCUCAAUCCGCUAUCGGCACUCUGCUGUCCGCCCGGCAUGGAGCAGCACGCAAAUCCCGCUUUUCGUCCACCGUUCGCCGGCGGCUUUUCGCAUCAUCAUGCCGCCAUGCUGGCCGCAGCCGGACCGGCAGGCGCUCAGCCCAAUCCGUAUAUCAGUUAUCAGCGCAUUAAGACGCCCUCGGGCGGCGAGGCGAUUGUGCCCGUCUGCAAGGAUCCCUACUGUCCCGGCUGUCCCUAUUCGGCGCACACACAACAAAUGCUGAUGGGCGCCCCCUGCCCAGCCGGCUGCACCCAGUGCGAGCAUCAGAAAUAUGGCAUGGCCAUGAUGGGCGCCGGUGCAGCAGCUGCGGCUGCAGGACUACCCCCAGGACAUCCCUACUCACAGGCUGCGGCCGCCGCUGCCGCCAAUGCUGCUGCCGCCCGUUCCGCGCCCUACGUCUGCAGUUGGGUCGUCGGCGACGCGUAUUGCGGCAAGCGUUUCCAGACCUCCGACGAACUCUUCACACAUCUGCGCACACACACCGGCAACCUAUCGGAUCCGGCCGCCGCUGCGGCAGCCCUGGCCCAAUCCCAGGCGCAAUCGCUGCUCGGCACACUGUUUCCGCCCUCGGCUCUGCGUGCCGGCUAUCCAACACCACCGCUGAGUCCCAUGUCCGCGGCUGCGGCUGCUGCCCGCUACCAUCCGUAUGCCAAGCCACCGGGUGCCAUGGGCGGCGGUCCCUCACCAUUUGGGGCUGCGGGUGCAUUCAACCCGGCCGCCGCCGCAGCAGCUGCCGCCCUGGGACCCUACUACUCGCCUUAUGCCAUGUACGGACAACGCAUUGGCUCCGCCGCCGUACAUCAGUAAGCAAGCUGCUCUGCGGGGGGAGAGGGGCCCGAAACUGGAGGCUAGUGUUGGGUGUCGAAAGCGCAUACCAAAGUGGUGAAGAAGGUGGGAACCGCCAAGAUCGAGUUCAAGAGCAAAUUGUCAAGCGAGAGCUCAAGAUCAUUAGGGAGACCUUCGGAGAUUUUCGGAGAGUGCAGAUUUUUAGGUCAAGAAUCAAGCUGAAGACAUAAAGUUUCGACGAAACUGCACUUCUUGAAUAUCUGUCAAGGUCUACGCACACGUUUCUUUCACAAUCAAAUACGUGUUACGUUUACAAUUGAAGCGAGCCCGCGAAAUUUGAAUUUCUGGAGGGCAGGUAGGGAGAAGGGAGUAGGUUUGAGGAGAAAACGCUGAGAAAGAAAGAAAGAAAGAAAGAAAGAGAGCGCUGUGGUCAGCAGCGUCGCUGUUCUGUGAUACUAAACUGUAGUUUUGUCGAGCGCUAGUUACGUCCUAAGUUUUUCCAAGCAACAAAACAACAACAACAAACAUUUGCUGUCUCUGUCAUAGCCAGGAAUAUCCGAAAUAGAAAUGCAAACAAAUAAACUCUUAAAGAUAUAGGGAAACCGUAACCAUUACCCAGUACCCAGUCGAAAUGGCAAUUGCUAAUUCCAUGAAUAAAUGAUUUCAAGUCGUGGAGCGGCAAACGUUCGUUCGUUCGUUACACACUGAUAGCGCUUAUCAGCAAAAUAAUUAUUGUAGAAUCAACUAAGAACAACAACAACAACAAAGAAAGAACGAUAUCAAGAAACAUUUAUGCAAAAAAAAAAAAAAAAAAAAAACAAAAACAACUUGCAAUAAAAAUAGCUCUCAAGUUCAGUUCGUUUCGUAAUUGUCGUGUCGUCAAUCAUAUUACCCAAGCAGCGAAAUACUUAUUACAACAACAGCAACAACAACAAAAAAUACAUAAAUAAAUCAAUGGAAACAAAAAGUAAAUUAAACAACAAAAGAAUAAAUGCAUAUAAAGCAGCAGUUUAAUUUUUAAUUAUUUGUAAGCAGUUUGUUCUCAAAGUUCAACCAAAGUUUAAGACUUAAAACAAUUAUAAAAGAAAUAUAUUCAGAUUUCAAUUGAAAUGACUUCCAAAA